CAUUGUAGUAGUCUUUAAAUCCAUUGCAAUUGUGUCCAUUUACGUGAGGGGAUGUUUUUUUUGAUGAAAUGUGUGAUAUGUGCUGUCUGAUGUACUGUGCUACUGACACUCAGGCUGUCUGACACUUUCUGAGGCGAAAUGAGAAUAUCUGACAACAUGUCAUGUCUGGAGUGCCCUGAUGGCUCUGAAGCUCUCUGAAGGCCAACCUUCAGAGGCUCAUACUGUCAGAAAGUGCACAGUUUCCUGAUGUGCACGGCGCUCACCGAUGCGGCGAAUUCUGGACAAGGUCACCAAAUGCAAAGCCCCUGGACGAAGAACGAUAUGGGCACAAGCCAAGAAGAUAUGGGCCAAGAAGAGACUAGCAUGGAAGUCACCGACCAUGGUGGAUGUACCGAUCGAUCACGCCAUACGAAACACCGAAGGCACUAUGCGGAACGACUAUGGAGGAUAAUAAUCUCAGAAUCCGCGUUCCUAAUCUGGAAACUUCGAUGUGAACGUGUGAUCGGCCACAGCGAGGAGGAAGGAUGGAAACACUCCAAGACGGCAAUACGAGGAAGAUGGACCCAUAUGAUCAACGAUAGACUGCACAAGGAGAUGGACAUGACUCACAGACGUUUCGGACGCAAGGCUCUGAAACGCGAAACAGUGCUGGGCACAUGGAACGGCACCCUGUCCGACGAGCUAGCGCUCCCCGAGGAUUGGACAGCAUGCCGUGGGGUUUUAGUGGGUAUCAAUACAGCAAGAACAGAACGUGACGCUGGAUGAGGAGUCCCACACUCACCUAGUAUGGUGGUGCGUAAAUGCAUUUUUCCCUGGAAAGCACGAGCGGAAUAACCCG